AUGUCGACUCCUCCGGACCAGUCAGCAAAAUUAGCCCAGCUGCGCGACACGAGUCCCCCUCCGAGUCGUCCUAAUGCUGCUGCCACUAUCGAGAGAACAAGUCUAUGCUCCGAGUAUCGUGAGACAAUACGCAGGUUGUUACAACACAUUAUAUUGGCGAUCCUCCUCGCGGCCCGGCUAUAUAUGCUGCCUCUUCUAUACCUCUCCCACAAACUCUCGGCACACGAUGACCCUUGGUACCCUGCCAUCUGGAAUCUGGUCCGACGCCCUAGACGGGCAUUGGCCAACUGCCAUAGGUGCCAUCAGAGGGAUGGCAGUGCAAAGAACUGGAAAGCAUGGACAAAUGUCAGAGAUGGGCUUUUUGUUCCUGUCAGAAUAUUCAGAAGCUUGUAUACGUUGGGCAGGAUGAUCGGUGAUGAUCCAAACACUCUACCACCAGGUCCGUUUCCUCUGCCGAAUCCCGCCAGGGGCAGCGAUUCUGGUGAUCAAAGCAACGACGAAGAAAGCAUGAGAGAUGGGGUCAUAGGGUCCACAGAUUCUGCACUUGAGGCACCCGCGAGUGCAUCCCAGGUAUACCACGCCGCAUUGCUGAGCAACGGCACUCUCGAUGAAAUACUUGCAGCUUCUGAAGUCGACAAGGAUAAUCCAGCAAUGGGUUAUGAUGGCGUUGUGGUUCGCCGAGGUCGAAACGCAUGUCUCGCUGCGAAAUCUCAUCACGCACUGGUUCACUGCCAGGGGCAACAAUACCGCACUCUGAGCCUCCAGUCUUCUCCCGAGGAAGUGCAUCCUGCUGAAAGGGCGCAUGCGCCUUUUCGCAGCCGCGAUGUCAACCCAUGCCUGCGGGGGUUUCAACUGCCCAAGACACCGGACCGGCGCCCCAACGUGUGUCGAAAGCAGGCCCAGAGCGAGCUUCAAAGAGACAACCAACUACCUAAGAACAGUCCAGAGUCACACGUAUCUGCUUGCACACGCGACUUUCCUGAAGUGCGCCAGGCUGACGAAGAUGUGGACUUUGCUGCUUUGGACCGUUGCCCAACAUUUGUUCGUCGGCAUGCUCAAAGUCGCCUCCCGCGGCGACUGGUGACUGGGGAUAAACAAGCUCUUGCCUUGCUGAAGGACAGAGGCGCAGUGUCGACUCCUGACCUCGGUAUAUCUCCGCCGACACCGACAAAACGCGGCCGGUUGCAACGAAGAGUACGACCGAAGGAAAAUGUGGUGAAAGCCUCGAACGACCCAGGUGAAAGGAGGCAACCGGCUUCGAGAUGA